AUGCCCAGUCAGAAACGAAACAGUCUACCCCAGGACCCCUUCGAAAGUGUGCAAAACGAACGUCUUCAAAGCGAGAGCAACCACACUGGAAAGGCAUCUAAGCGACCAAGGUUCGAAGCCCCUUUUGAUGACCCAAUUGUUGAUAGUGUGGAUUUGGACCAUCUUGGGCGAUCUAUUCGGCGCAUGAUGAUGUGUAACAAAGAAGCCCUUCCUAUUCAUGUGGAUGACGAUGCUUAUGAGUAUGGUGACAUUAGCCCUAACGAGCUUCACCAUGAACUAGGCAGGCACAUCACAAAUGUCAAACAUGGGCUGGAGCAAUAUGAAAACAUCGCUGAUAUUGACGAACGCAUUAUAGAUGAACUCGCUCGCAUGGUCUAUGGGUCCAAUAUGAUCGAGCACGUGGGCGGAGGUCUCGACAUCACAUUAAAGCUCUGCAAAGAUGUCUUCCGAGGAGGCAAAGCACCACCGGAAGAGAUUAGCGAACACGACCCAGAAUACGAACAACUCGAUCUCUAUCUCUACAACAAGGACCUGCCUUGCAAACAUGCCGAUAUCCUUCAAGCCUACCGAGAAAUCGUUCAACAUGCCAAGGCAGCCAGGUACAUGAUCGAGCAGAUCUGUAUUAACGACAAGAACUUAUCUGAGCAUAUUAUCACGCAGGCUCAUGGUGACCUGACAUACAAGAUCGAAAUCAGCAAGCACAUACCCUGGAACGAAUACAGUGGACAGUAUCGAUUAUGGAAUGUCCAAUGUGGUUCCCACGUCUUCAUGGACCACAGCAAAGUCCGCAUUGCGAUGCGCGAUAUGAUAGAGGAACUAGAGUCCGACAUCAAGAAGGCUACGGAGAAAGGACAAAUCGACCCGGUAGCGCUUGCGAGUAAGUACUGCCACAAGUUUGUUAACAUUCAUCCGUUUGGAGACGGCAACGGCAGGAUGUGCCGUCUUAUUCUUAACACUCUCCUCAUCAAGUACGGCGGCGGGUAUCCCAUCGUCAGCAUUGGGCAGGACGGCAGAGAUCGACAAGAGUAUCUGCGUAUCGCCGUGGCUCAGAGUAUGAAGCAGCUUGCGUUUUUCACACUUCGACAUGCCUGUGAUAGCAUGCUUAGGCUAAAGGAGGCAAAACUUAGGGUAUCUAUCCUAAAUGAUGACAAGGCUUAG